AUGUCCACGAAGGCUACAGGGAGCCUACUCGGGCCAUGGCACCAUAAUGAUAUCCCCCAGCAUAGUAUCAAACCCAGCACUGAUAUGAACCAAGUCAUACAGCAGGCCAAUGAGGUUGACUAUGGCCAUCUCACACAAGGAGAGCGGCUCGCCUCUCAGUUGAAGGCAGACUUGAUGAAGAACCCGAAGUUCUCUAAUCCCAUGAAGAUGUACCAAGACAUGGCUGCUGAGUUGAAAGCCCACUAUCCCCAUUUCGGUACCAUCACCACUAAGGAGAGCUCUUUCCUGCUGGCUCCAGCAACUGCCUCACUAUUGCCGACUUAUAAUGGUAGAGUCCCGCUAGACUUCCUCGACACUGUAGCAGCAGAUGAUGGCGAGGAAGUGACCAUCAUCUCUUCAGUGUUGCAAGGUACCGCUAAGGCCAUCAGCGGCUUCUGCCGCGGCUACGCUAGUUCGUGGAGAAGUAUGUCGACAGUGAUGGUUGAGAUCAUAGCGUGA